ACACCCAUACCUCCCUCCAUUUCAUCAUCAUCACCAUACUCUCUUUCUCUCUAUAAGUCUGUUCAUUUUGCACUGAGAAUUUCAUUUCAUUUCAUUAGAUUUCAUUUCAAAGUCUUUCUUGUUCAGAAAUUAAGCCUAGAAAAAGGUAAAAAUGGCCUUCUUCUUCAUCAACAAACAUCAUCAUCUUCUGAUUGUCAUGCUCCUCCUUGUAUACAUUUUCAGAUUCAAAGCCCAAGGCAGAGUAAUAUUGUUGUCCAAAACUACUGAUCUUGUUGAACCAUCUUCUCAUUCUCAAGAAGAAGAGGAGAAGAUGAUGAUGAUGGGUAGUAGGAGAAUGGUUGGAUCAAGACCACCAAAGUGCGAGAGAAGUUGUGGUUCAUGUGGGCCUUGUCAACCGGUUCAAGUCCCCAUUGCUCCUCUGCUUCAGCUCAGAGGUCACACAACAAACAACAAAACCCAUCUUCACCAAUCAUCCUUACAUGUUUCUCUCCCAACUUAUAACCACGAUGGAAUCACUAAUUAUAAACCAAUUUGUUGGAAAUGCAAAUGUGGUAAUUUCAUUUUUAACCCUUAGAGACAAUUUUAUCAUCCAUUUUUUUUCUUUCUCUGUAAUUAUUUUUGUCAACUGUUUUUUUCACUUGUAAUCUCCCUGUCAGGUUUUUCGGUUUUUACUUUUGUUGUAAAACCUGUCUUGCAAAUUUGCGGUUACACUAAUUCAGGUUAACUGAUGUCAU